GUGGUGACACCAACUGCCUGAGCCAUUUCCCUUCAUUUCCUAAUGGGUUCCCGAGGAGGCAUGUUCUCCAGGAUCCGCAGUCUCUUUCGGAGGGACAAUCAUAUCCAUGCAGAGACCAGACCAAGGCAGAGGGAGGCCAGCCUUCUAUCACGUUGGAGAAGAAGACGAAUGGAAAGGUCCUUGAGGAGGUCAAAGUCUGAUCAGAAGGCAUCAUCCCAACCCUCCACGACACCUGUUGAGGAGGAGAGAAUGAAGCGUUUGGAGAACCUCAAAAUUGCCCUCCACAAGAUGCAAAAGGAGAGAGAUGAACUCAGGAGAAUCCUGGCGGAUUACCCAGGAAAGAAUUUAAAUGACAGGAACAAGUUUGAGUCCGAGAUGCUCAUGAUGCAGCACGAGGAAGUGAUGACCGACAUGAAGAAAAUGAGCGAGCAGAUCAAUACCGCUUUGGUCAAAUGUAAAAACCUUACACUGGAAAAUGACUGGUACUGGUGAGUAACUUACAAGGUUGUGACCCCAGCACUAGGCAAGUAUAUGUCAGCCCAUUCUUAUCUUUGAAAUAAAGUGAGGAUCAGGCUUUAUAGUGUUUGAAGCAGACCAGGAAGCCUGUCUCUAAGGAAGGCUCUAGGAUAUUUACGUCUUGUAGAUAGUUUGAACAAAUGGAAAGAGACUGUGAGAUUCAUCAGUCAUUGUCCUUCCCAAAUAGGGAUCCUGUACAUAGAAAAUGUGUGCACAAUGAUGGAGUCAUCAAUCAAUCCUGAUGCUCUGGGGCUCUGACAGGACACACACACACACACACACACACACACACACACACACACACACACACACAGGACACAUAGAAAGAUUGGCCUCCAAGGGACAUUCUAAUAAAAUGGACAUAUAAGCACACAUAGGGAUUAAGUCCUCUU